AUGUUGAUCGGCAAAAGGGCCAAAGUAGCAUGUGGUGCCGCCCGCGUUUAUCGUCACAAUGUGUACAUGUUACCUUCUUUGAAUUGCCUCACUUUUACCAAUUCUUCGUCAAUUCUUAGAUCAAGAGCUUCUCUUCCUACUCAACAUCGAGCACUGUUGAGUUCUUUAACCCCUUCAGCUUCAUUUGUCCAAGCUGCCCAACAGAUACUCCAAUUGCGGGGUCAGCCACUCCGCUCAACUUUUUCUUCCCCCACAAGGGUCUCAUCCAUAUCCCCCUUCACCCCGCAAAGCAGUACUACCAGGCCAUUCUCAAGUACUCCAGCGACAAUGACAGCCACCAAGAUUGAUGGCACUGCCAUUGCGAAGAAGAUUCGUGAGAAGAUUCAUGCUGAAAUCGACGAUGCCCAAAAGACAAACCCAAGAUUUAAGCCUUCAUUGAAGAUCAUUCAAGUGGGUGAUCGCUCUGACUCAACUACCUAUGUUCGCAUGAAGUUAAAGGCCGCACAAGAGGCAGCAAUCGAGUGCGAACUUAUUCCAUUCCCUGAGAGCGCAACUGAAGCCGAGGUUCUUGACAAGAUCGAGCAAUUGAACAAUGAUCCAUCCGUUCAUGGUAUUCUUGUUCAAUUGCCGGUCCCAAAGCACAUGUCCGAAUACAGUGUAACUUCCGCUGUAUCUGAUGAGAAGGAUGUAGAUGGUUUUGGAGCAUCGAACAUUGGUGAACUUGCGAAGCGUGGAGGACGUCCUCUUUUCACACCAUGUACGCCAAAAGGUGUUAUGGUCUUGCUCGAAGAGAGUGGAGUUGACCUAAAAGGCAAGAAUGCGGUCGUUCUCGGACGUAGCGAUAUUGUGGGAAGCCCUGCCAGUUACCUCCUCAAGAACGCCGAUGCUACUGUGACAGUAUGCCAUUCCAGAACCCAAAAUCUUGAGCAAUUCCUCAAGAAUGCCGAUGUUGUUGUUGCAGCCAUCGGAAAAGCCAACUUUGUCAAAGGAGAGUGGUUGAAGCCAGGUGCAGUGGUGAUUGAUGUUGGUACCAACUUUGUUCCUGAUGAGACCAAAAAAUCCGGUCAGAGACUUGUUGGUGAUGUCGAUUUUGAAUCCGCUUCCGAGGUUGCAUCUCAAAUCACACCAGUGCCUGGUGGAGUGGGACCAAUGACUAUUGCAAUGCUAUUGCAGAACGUUGUUGAAUCCGCAACAGCUUAUUUCGAGCGUCAAAAGGCUAGAGCUAUCAAGCCUUUGCCAUUGAAGCUUCAGACCCCAGUACCAUCGGACAUUGCUAUCUCGAGAGCUCAACACCCAAAGCAUAUCACACGUGUAGCACAAGAGAUCGGCAUUGCUGGUUACGAACUUGAACCUUAUGGAGCAUACAAAGGCAAAGUCGAUUUGAGCCUUCUCAAACGUCUUGAGCACCGCCGCAACGGUCGUUAUGUCGUUGUCACUGGUAUUACCCCAACACCUCUUGGCGAAGGUAAAUCUACAACCACUAUGGGUCUCACUCAAGCUAUUGCCGGUCAUCUUGAUCGCAUUGCUUUCGCUAAUGUUCGUCAACCAAGUCAAGGACCAACCUUUGGUAUCAAGGGAGGUGCUGCUGGUGGUGGAUACAGUCAGGUCAUUCCUAUGGAUGAAUUCAACCUCCAUUUAACUGGCGAUAUUCACGCAAUCACUGCUGCGAACAACUUGUUAGCUGCUGCUAUUGAGACCAGAAUGUUUCACGAGAAUACCCAGAAGGACGGACCGCUUUACAAGCGUCUCGUUCCAGCAAAGAAGGGCAAGCGUGAAUUCCAACCUAUUAUGUUCCGUAGACUGAAGAAGCUUGGUAUCACUAAAACAAACCCCGACGAGCUUACCGAGGACGAGAUUCAUCGUUUCGCAAGAUUAGAUAUUGAUCCUUCGACAAUCACGUGGAGACGUGUUCUUGAUGUUAAUGAUCGUCAUCUGAGAGGUAUUACCGUUGGUACUGCUGGUACCGAGAAGGGACAGACUAGAGAAACUGGAUUUGAUAUCUCUGUCGCUAGUGAGUGUAUGGCUAUUCUUGCCCUCAGUAACGACUUGAACGACAUGAGAGAAAGACUCGGACGCAUGGUUAUUGGAUCAUCCAGAAAUGGGGAUCCUGUUACUUGUGAUGAUCUUGGUGCAGGUGGUGCUUUGACAGCAUUGAUGAAGGAUGCUAUUAAGCCCAACUUGAUGCAAACAUUGGAAGGAACACCCGUUUUCGUCCAUGCCGGGCCAUUCGCAAACAUUAGUAUCGGUGCUAGCUCAGUCCUUGCCGAUAAGCUUGCUCUUAAGCUCGCUGGUACUGAGCCUGAUGAGAAUCACAACGAGAAGGCCGGUUUUGUUAUCACUGAAGCAGGUUUCGAUUUCACCAUGGGAGGAGAACGUUUCUUCAACAUUAAGUGUAGAUCAUCUGGACUCAUUCCAGAUGUUGUCGUUGUUGUUGCAACUGUUCGAGCACUCAAGGUUCACGGUGGUGGCCCACCAAUCGCCCCAGGUGCCGCACUCCACCAAAUCUACAGAGAGGAGAAUGUUGAAAUUCUUCGCAAAGGUUGUGUCAACCUCAAGAAGCACAUCUCGAAUGCCAGAUCCUACGGUGUACCGGUCAUUGUCGCUAUCAACAAGUUUGAGACUGACACUGACGCCGAGAUUGAGGUCAUCCGAGAGGAGGCUAUUGCUGCUGGUGCCGAAGAUGCCAUUCCAGCUAAUCACUGGGCCGAAGGUGGUAAGGGAGCUGUUGACCUCGCCAAGGGUGUCAUCGCUGCAAGUGAAAAGGAGAAGAACUUCAAACUUCUUUACAGCCUUGACGGAGAUGUACAGACCCGCAUUGAAGCCAUUGGUAAAGAGAUGUAUGGAGCUGACAAGGUCGAGUUCAGUGAGAUCGCUCAGAAGAAGGUCGAUACAUACACUAAGCAAGGUUUCGGAAACCUGCCCAUCUGUAUUGCAAAGACUCAGUAUUCUUUGUCGCACGACCCAGAUCUUAAGGGUGCGCCAACUGGAUUCACUGUCCCAAUUAGGGAUGUGAGAUUGGCUGCUGGAGCUGGUUAUCUGUAUGCACUUGCAGCAGAUAUUCAAACCAUUCCUGGUCUUCCUACCGCACCAGGAUAUCUCAAUGUCGAUGUCGACACUGAAACUGGAGAGAUUGAUGGUCUCUUUUAAGAACAUUUUCUCUCAUUUUUGGUUUUGCAUUUCGAUUAGCGUUUCAACAAGUUAGUUAAUAUGAGGGCGGUAAAAACACAUUCAACGUGUCAGGGUUGCAUUUUCAACAAAAGGCGUUUAUAGAUAUACAACUGGCUGGAAAAAAGCUAUAUAGUAUGUAGAGAUAUCCUUCAUGAUUAACUCAUGAUACAAAUGAAGUUUACGAUGUUUGAAAUUUGCAAUGCUAUCUUUCCUGUU